UAGAGCCGGGCGGAAGCCGGGCGGGAUCGUCGGCGGUCCCACCCCGUUCACCUGCGCAGGUAGCUGGGGCGGACGGUAGGCGGACGCCCAGCGGGCUCCGAGUAUGUUUGGCGGACGUUCGCUCUGUGUUGGGGUCACAAGCACCCUCGGAACCCGGAGGCCGGCACUGUGAAGGUGACCCCCGCCUCGGGGAGGAGGGCGACGGCCCCUGGGAGCACGAUGGCGGGCCGCCGCCUGGCGCGGGCCAGCAUCUCGGCGGUCGGCGUAUGGCUCCUUUGCGCGCUUGGCCUCCAGGCCACCGAGACCGAGCUGCCGUCCGCACCCGCAGAGCUUCCCGGGGGAGCCGCCUGCUUGAGCCGCUUUACCAGCGGGGUGCCGUCCUUUGUGCUGGACACCGAAGCCUCCGUCAGCAACGGGGCCACUUUCCUGGGUUCCCCGACGGUGCGCCGCGGCUGGGAUUGCGUGCGCGCCUGCUGCACCACUCAAGACUGUAACCUGGCGCUGGUGGAGCUGCAGCCAGACGGCGGCGAGGACGCCAUCUCUGCCUGCUUCCUCAUGAACUGCCUGUACGAGCAGAACUUCGUGUGCAAGUUCGCUCCGAAGGAGGGCUUCAUCAACUAUCUUACCCAGGAGCUAUACCGCUCCUACCGCGAGCUGCGGACUCGAGGUUUUGGAGGUUCCCGGAUCCCUCGAAUCUGGAUGGGCAUAGACUUGAAGGUCCAGCUGCAGAAACCCCUGGUUCUGAAAGAGGCAGACAACACAGACUGGCAUCUACUGCAAGGUGACGGUGAUGUCAGAGUAGAGAGAAAACGUCCAGAAGAAGUGGAGCUGUGGGGACUUAAGGAGGGAACCUACCUGUUCCAACUGACAAGAACUGACUCAGACCAGCCAGAGGAAACAGCCAACUUGACUAUCACUGUGCUAACUGCCAAGCAGACAGAAGAUUAUUGCCUCGCGUCCUACAAGGUGGGCCGCUGCCGGGGCUCCUUCCCACGCUGGUACUACGACCCCAAGGAACAGAUCUGCAAAAGUUUCACUUUUGGAGGUUGCCUGGGCAACAAGAACAACUACCUUCGCGAGGAAGAGUGCAUGCUAGCCUGCAAGGAUGUGCAAGGAAUCUCACCGAAAAGGCACCACCCAGUGUGCUCUGGCAGCUGCCAUGCCACCCAGUUCCGCUGUAGCAAUGGCUGCUGUAUCGAUGGCUUCCUGGAGUGUGAUGACACGCCAGACUGCCCUGAUGGCUCCGACGAGGCCGCCUGUGAAAAAUACACCAGCGGCUUUGAUGAGCUUCAGAAUAUCCAUUUCCUCAGUGACAAAGGGUACUGUGCAGAGCUGCCAGACACUGGGUUUUGCAAGGAGAACAUCCCACGAUGGUAUUACAACCCAUUCAGUGAACGCUGUGCCCGCUUCACCUAUGGUGGUUGCUAUGGGAACAAGAACAACUUUGAGGAGGAACAGCAGUGUCUUGAGUCCUGUCGUGGCAUCUCCAAGAAGGAUGUGUUUGGUCUUCGGAGGGAAAGCUCCAUUCCCACUGUAGGCUCCGCGGAGGUAGCCGUUGCUGUAUUUCUGGUCAUCUGCAUCAUCGUGGUCUUAACCAUCCUGGCCUACUGUUUCUUCAAGAACCAAAGAAAGGAAUUCCACAGUCCCCUGCACCACCCGCCUCCCACACCAGCCAGCUCCACAGUUUCCACCACGGAGGACACGGAGCACCUGGUCUAUAAUCACACAACCCAGCCUCUCUGAGCCUGGGACUCACGCCAGUCUUACCAGGCCCUGCUUGCCAAGGCAGAAGCUAGAACCUGGAAAAACUCGGGGACCAGAUUCUUCCUACCUCUUUCCUGGGCAUCCGUACUCUGUCUCAGAAGACAGAUCACCUCUCGGAGGAGUCUCAGCUGCAGGCAGGGCAGUUCUGGAGAAGGCCCGAGAGUCUGGGAGGAGCAGAGCGGCCUAGAGCCAGGGGGACUGUGUACAUAGAAGGACCUGCUUAUCCAAGAGCCAGAGGAAGUUGGUCUUUUGUGUCUCGUUCAAAGCUGCCCAUCCCCAUCCGAUGAUGCCAGGACCUUGAAUGGUAUCAGAGGCCAGAAGCCACACACUGCCUUCCACAUCUGUCCCUCCACUCUGCACAGGCUGAAGGAUGUCUCUGCACACACUGAAGGAUGUGUCUUCGUAGUUUGUGCUGUAAAUAAUUGCUUUUGGGGCCCCAGGGUCAUAGUUCAGUGGUAGAGUGUGUGUGGUCACCCUGAGCGCUCUACACCGAACCAUAAACUACAUUAAAUUAAAAAAUAAA